AUGAAAUAAAAGAUGUAUUUGUCUCAUUUUUAUUAAACUAUUAGUGGAGGUGGAGAGUAUAAUUCUGACGGAGUAAAAAUUGGGGAAUGGAUUGAAUAAAGUGAUAAGUUUAAAUAUGGGAAUUAAUCUACAUGGCGUGGUUAGUAUGAUCAACAAGGUGUGAAAGUAGGAACAUGGGAGAUAUAUUUUAGAGAAUUAGGAGAUGAAAAACCGAAUAUUAAAAUGUAUCUAAACCAAUAUUUAUUCAUUAUUAGUGGCGGGGGAGAGUAUGAUGAACAAGUAAGAAAAAUUGGAAAAUGGGUAGAGCAAAAGGAUGGAUUUUAUUAUAGCAACUCUAUGAACAAUAAAUACAUAUUCAUUGGAGAAUAUAAAGAUGGAGUUAAAUAGGGACAAUGGAAAGACAAUAAAUUAAAGUGA